AAUUAAAGCUCAAACCAAAUACCUCAAACACAAGAAAUGGUUUCCAACAUUGAUCACAAGGCUUUAGAAGCACUCCUCCAUGGCCAAGGAUGCGCUAACAGCCUCAAGAUUCUCCUCGAAAAUGGCGAAAUAAGUUCAGUUUCAACAGAACCACUCAUCAACACCAUUCUCGAUUCUUUCUCGCUUGCUCUGUCUUUUGUGGAUUCUCCUAAUCCUCCACCAUACCAUGAGUCCUCUUCUCAAAACAUGGCAAGACCUAUGCCCCGGAGAUCAUCUAAGGAGUGUUACUAUCGGUGUACCUAUGCAAAAGACCAAAACUGCAAUGCUACAAAGCGGGUGCAGAAGAUCAAAGACAACCCUCCAGUGUACAGAACCACGUAUAUGGGAAAACAUGUGUGUACUGCUUCUGUAGGUCAUGAUGAUACACACAGUUCCAAAAUGAUCCAGUUCGACCAAGUUGUUUCUGAAUUGGUUAUGCCUCAGCUCACAACGAUUGACCACCAAGUAAUUACCAUGGAGGACAAAGUCACAGACUAUAUCAUGAACCAAGAAUGUGAUAUCGAUAUUAAUGAUUAUUUGGUGGGUUAUGACCAAUUUUGGGCGAAUCAAUUUCCCCCAUUUCCAUCAGGUGACACAAUGUUUUUGGAUAACAUUGCUGCUUUUGAUUAGAACCCUAUCCACGUUUGAACAACAUAUCUAUCAAGCUUUUUAUGUUUUCAUGGUGGAGAUUGAUUGAUUCUUCACUUCUUUUAAUUUCAGGUUCAUGUUUCGUAAUUUAGAUUCAUAUGCUUUAAAUUUACAGUGUCUUUUUGUGUAAAGAAGUUUCAUCUAUCAUGUACUUUUGCGUUUAUUCAGAAAAUAAAGAAAGGAAAAAGUA